UUAGCAGAAAUCAGCUGGUUUUUUGUUAGGGUUCAUCAGAGCGAGUGCAUCGAGCAGUAAAAAUGUCAUCGCCGGCGCCAAAAUCUCCAGAGCAAUCGGACAAAAGUAGGAAAUAUGACCGACAGAUCCGUUUAUGGGGAGAGCACGGACAAAAUUUGCUCGAGAGUUCUACAAUUUGUUUGCUUAAUGCAACAGCUCUAGGUUGCGAAGUUCUGAAAAGUCUGGUUCUACCCGGUAUUGGAGGUUUUACCAUCGUCGAUGGCAGCGUUGUGACCGAGGAUGAUUUAGGAAUAAACUUCUUUUUGGAUGCCUCGUUUCUUGGGCAGUCUAAGGCUGGAGCGUGUAUGCAAUUACUUCAAGAACUAAACACUGAUGUCAACGGCGACUUUGUUGAUGAAAGCGUUGACUGGAUAUUAUCAAAUCGACCGGCAUAUUUCGACACGUUCGAUGUUGUAAUUGCUUCAAAUCUAAAUGAAAAAGCUUUAUUGGGAUUAUCCGAACGUCUGUGGGAAGCAAACAUUCCAUUUAUUUAUUGUCGGUCGUUGGGGUUUUUUGGUUCUAUACGCUUACAAAUAAGGGAACAUUGUGUUAUUGAGUCUCAUCCCGAUAACCAACAAUAUGACCUCCGCCUAGAAAAACCGUUCCCUGCAUUGCAGAAUCAUUUUGAGAGCACAGAAGUUACAAGCAAAGUUCCAUGGUUGUUAGUGCUUAACAAAUUUCUACAAACAUGGAAGGAGAGAAGUGGUGGGCAUGCUCCAACCAAUUAUAAGCAAAAAACUCAACUGCGAGAAAUGAUUCGCUCUGCCAUGACUGCAGACGAAGAAAACUACGAAGAAGCCAUAAAGGCAGUAAAUACUGCUAUGGGCGGCGGUACUGUGCCUCUUUCGAUCAAAGCGAUUUUUGAGGAUAACGCUUGCACGAAUCUUAAUAAGCAGAGUGACUCCUUUUGGAUCAUAGCCAAAGCCUUGAAAGAAUUCGUAGAAAACGAUAAUAACGGCUUAUUGCCAUUGCCUGGAGUACUGCCAGAUAUGACAGCUGAUACUGAAUCAUAUAUAACUUUACAGAACAUUUAUCGGCAACAAGCAUUACAUGAUGCGGACAACGUCUAUCGUAAAUGUCAAAAAUAUUUAAAAGAACUCGGACUGCCUGAAGAUACAAUUUGCGAGAAAACGGUACGCCUGGUUUGUCGUGAAGCGGCUGGAUUGGCUGUUAUACGUGGUACUAAAAUUUCCGAUGAGAACGCCAAAAGUAACAAUUUACUUUCGAUUGUGGACGAUUUAGAGAUUCAAGACACACUUUCCGAACAUUAUGUGGCUUUGCGUGCCUAUGAGCGUUUUCUAUCUGAAUGUGGCAAUGUGCCCGGUGAAUGUUAUGUCGAGAACGAUGUGAAGGAGUUUAAAACGGUUGCUAGUAAAAUGCUGUCCGAUUGGAGUGUUCAUGCAUCCAUUAGUGAUGAUUUGAUACAUGAAAUUUGUCGUUUUGGUGGCUCGGAGAUUCACUCAAUAUCGGCAUUUAUUGGCGGAUGUGUGGCCCAGGAGGUGAUAAAAAUAGUGACCAAGCAAUACAAACCUAUCGACAACACGUUCUUAUACAACGGUAUCACUUCCGAAACGGCAACUCUUAAACUAUAAUUAUUUAAAAUGCUUCGUCAAACAUUUUAACCGAAAUAAUUCCGAUGAGUUAUAAGCCAUUCAUAUAGCAAAAUUUUUGGCUUUACGUAAAUACAUAAAAAAAUUUACAUAAAUUACUAUAACAAAUUAAUAAUAACAAA